AUGCCACCCCCAUUACGGGCCUUCGGCGCCGGCCCUGGCGUCGGCGCGCCGUUCCAUCAGCCUGGAUUCCCCUCGCAUGCCCAGCCCCACGGCGGGCCGCUGGGUGCGAACCAAUACCUCAACGCCAAUGCCCAGAUGAAUCCCUUCUCGGGCGCAAACGGCAAUGCCUUUGGCGCAGCUGGGCUGAAUGGCGCGGGGGCCGGCUUCCCAGACACAGGCUUCGGCAGCCAGAGUGCGCGGAUGGGAUUUGCGCAUGGCCCCGGUGCUGGCAUGCAGCCCCCUCACCACGCUGGCCACCUCCACCACGGACUCGCGGAGCAGCAGCAUAUCAGGCCCAACCAGAGCCGGGGGAGGAUAAGGGAAGUGUGGGCUCACAACCUUAACGAGGAGAUGGCCGUAUUGCGAGAUUUGGUAGACAAAUAUCCCUACAUUGCUAUGGACACCGAAUUCCCCGGUGUCGUAUCGAGACCGAUGGGAGGAUUUCGGGGGAAGAGUGACUACCAUUAUCAAUGCUUACGAACGAACGUGGACAUGCUCAAGGUUAUCCAGAUCGGGUUGACGUUGUUCAACGAGGACGGCGAGACGCCACCCGCUAGGCCAGCAUCCUCAGAUAUGGACGGGUCAGGCGGACGACGGGGCACUAACCAGGCCGCGUUCCCAUGCUCGUGGCAGUUCAACUUCAAGUUCUCCCUUAAGGAGGAUAUGUACAACGAAAAGUCGAUCGAGUCCCUGCAGCAGGCCGGCAUAGAUUUUAACCUCUUGGAACGAGACGGAAUCGAUCCCCACGCCUUCGCUGCUCUUCUGAUUCCAUCUGGCAUGGUCUGCUUCGACAAUGUCCGGUGGAUCUCUUUCCAUGGAGGAUACGACUUUGGGUACCUGACCAAGUUAUUAAUAUGCACUGCUCUCCCCAACGACGAGGUCGACUUUGACCACAAGAUGAAGCUGUACUUCCCCAGCACUUACGAUGUUAAACACUUGAUGAAGUUUGCCAUCAAGCUUCAUAACUCGGGGUUCCUGACACCCCUCGACCCCAGCGUUGCUGAUAUUCUACAAAAGUUUGAGCACAAGUCCGGGCUCGAGAACAUCGCCGAGACGCUCAAGAUUAAGCGUGUUGGGUCGGCUCACCAGGCCGGCUCGGACUCGCUGCUCACCGGCAAGGUCUUCUUCCAGAUGCGCGACAAGAUCUUCAACGGCGAGAUCCCCGACGAGCACGUCGGCAAGGUCUGGGGACUUGGGAUCCCCGACUCCAGCCACCUCGUCAUGCCCCCGAUGAUGAGCCAGGGCGGUGGCGGCGACGGCCAGACCAACGGAUCCAACAACCAGAACGGAGGCGCCCCCAGCACGCCCAACAACGGCACCAUCGGCCUGGCGACCACCCCGGCCGCCCAGAGCCACAACACCAACGGCCUGGCCCAUAUGGGGCCGAUGACGCCCGGGGGUGGCGGCGGCGUCUUUGGCAACUUUGCAUUUGCGGGCAACAGCAGAUAG